AUGCCUCAAAGCAGCGGAUUGAGCCGAUACGGUCACUUCAAGGCUAUUUUCUCUGGACACUCGACUCAGGAGUCCAAGAUCAAGAGUGAUACAACAUCCGAAACUACACUGGUCUCACGACAGAUACAACCAACCGGAUAUGAUCAGCGUGGCCUCCCCCAGAAUUACAAUGCUGCCGACAUGUGCUUCGGCUCUUGCUGCAGAAACUGA